CCGCUGUAUAUGAUCAAGGAUCGAGUGCAAAAACUGCUCGAAUCCGUUGGGGAAUAUCGAAACCGGUUCUACAGAAUGUUCGUAAAAACUGAGCGAAGUGAGCAAGUCGAAAGAGAUUUGUUCAUUGACGGACUCUGCAGUCGAACGAUAAGGGCAAAGUUGCGAAAGCAAUUUUCCCCCAUCACUCAUACGCUACAACAAAUUAUGGCUGCUGCGGAAGAAAUGGAAUGGAAGUUCGCGGCGAACUUCCUGGAAGGAGAAGAUUACCCUAGAGACGGAGAUUCGACCGAGCUCGCUCAAGCCAGAGCAGAGCUGGCUGCUUUACAGAACAAAUUUGAAAAUAUGGGGUUCGUAUCAGGACUUGUCACCUAUAUGGAACAUAUAGGCCCCAAACGAGUAAUCCUAAGUGAGACUCCGAGCAUCUCUGCUCCUAUGUUGCCCCCGCCCGUCAGGACAUUACCCCCGCCACUGGUUGAGGCGCCUGUACGAUCAAACGAAUCGGCGACCAUUUUCGAACUAACCAAAACCUUGAUUAGCUUGAUCCAGGAAAGCAAAAAGGAGCAGCGAGAGCACAAUGCUCGGUUGGAAGCCAUGAUGAGGAACAUGCGACCCAUUGCGGUAUGUGCCCCUCCGAUGCAGCAAGGAUUAGCCCCGGCCCCUGCGCUCGGAGGAGUCGCAAAUAAUCUGAAUGUCUGUUACGCCUGUCAUCAACCAGGCCAUCUAGCCCGUGAUUGCCCCCACCGACCCCUGCAACAGCGAAUCGGGGUCGCACCUAUGGCUGCGACCCCCAUCGCCAACGGACCUGGACGAGUCGGAGCCCUGAUGGAAGAAGUAGAAAGUGGGGGAAGUGCCCUGGCCACCACGGAAGAGGCCGCCGAACUGAUCCCGCUAGAUCAAUAUGUGUCGCUGGGAUAUCCUGGGCUUGGAAUGAUCGGAACAAUCAGACCAGCACCAGAACCAAAAGAGGUGGCGGAGUGGCGACCGUCCCUAGGAGAAAUGGAGUCGGGAGGACCCACCUUCGUCACAGGGGAGAUUGAUGUAUUAAACAUCAUCCGAGCUUUGGACCAUCAGAUUCCCCUUCCGAUUGGUAGGAAAAACGACUUGAUCACGCUUUUUGAGAAAGAUCAGCUCGUUUCAGCUGACGAAGAAAGAAUUAAAACCGUGGGAAGAAUGACCAAUGUCGCUUUCCGAUUGGGUAAGGUGCAUGCUCUUGGGGAUGUCGUAGUACUAGAUGUCAAUAUGUAUGACGUUCUCUUCGGACUUCCCGCUCUUGUGGCGUUACGAGCAAACCUGGAUUUCGAACAACGAUCGAUCGUCCUCCGAAAUACAGGAGGAAAGCCUUACGCUGUGCCAAUGCGAUUGACCCUUCACACUACCAUUAACGCGAUUCCCCGGGUUUCGCCGAUGAUGGCAGGGACUCUCCGCAUGAUCUCCUGGGAGAAAUCCGUAGAAGAAGAGUCGUCAACAGAUGAUGCGGAAAGCAGUGACGAGGAUGAUCUGGAGAUCUUGAAAUUAGCACGACAACGCAAGGGGAACGAUGGUCGCGAACACGCCAUCGAGUACGCGUCACGAACCGUGCCGGACGAACGAAAGGACGACUCAGCACCUCAAGGCGAAUGCUAUGCAGUGGUCUGGGGAAUCCAGCACUUCCAUCCGUAUCUCUACGGACAGAAGUUUCGCCUCGUGACGGAUCACAAGCCUCUGCUAGCUUUGAAGAAGCUCACCAGCUACACGGGCAUGAUUGGCCGUUGGGCGGUGCGACUGCAAGAAUACGACUUCGAUAUCGUCCAUCGAAAGACGGAGCGACACGGCAACGCGGACGGGCUGACACGCCUGCAUCGACCUGCCAAGGUACCAAAGGAAUUUGUCGAGCUCUCGUUUUGCCUGCUACGAGUGGAUCUGAACUGGACGUGGGAAGGCGAUCAGAGGCCCGCGUCGGAGAUUGUGGAGUUGCUCGUCAUUCACGCGUGGAGGACCAACGUGGCGGGAGAUCUUCUGGGAUUUGUCUUUGGAGCAGUGGAUCGGGGAAACCGAUCACAGAUCGUGCGCGAACUUACGAUUGUGAUCGCGCGAUUAGCCGGCAAACUCCCUCUCGACAUCGUCUCUCAGAGCGACGAAGAACCCGUGUCACAUACCCUCGCAAGGACUCUCGCCCCGAGCCUCCAGUGGUCGGCUUGUAUCGAGGAGCGUUGGGCGGACGACCGUUUUCCCUCCCGUAGCGAGUACCUGGACGUCCACAGCCUGACUAAUCCCCGCUUCUUUUGGCAACCAACGGCGUUCAAGUGGGCGGCGCUGAGAGCAGAAGAGGAGGCCGAAGAGGAAUCGGACGGAGAAUUGAGGAGAGAGGCCGGGAAAGCAGCGGCCCGAUUGGCCGAGGACGAGGAAGAAGAGCGCGAAGCAGAAGAAGAGUCGGCGGAAGCUGAAGAAGAAGAAGAAGAAGAAGAAACAGAGGAGGAGACUUCGAAGAAAGAGGAAGAGGCCUAUAGCGAGUACAACGAGGGCGAGCAAAGUGAGGAGGACGACGAAGAUGACGAAGAAGUGGAAAGCAUGGACGACCAGGAGCCAACGCACGACGAGCUCGAGUGGGUGCCAGGACCGGAUCGGCGAUUGGAGAACCCGGAGGCUGCUGCGCAGCGCAAGAAAGAGAUCGCGGAAGGAAAGCGGCUGGCGAUCGAUCCCGCACCGAACGAUCCUUUCAAGGAUCCCGAGCCGCCCAAGCCGGAAUAUGGAGACCUUGCUGCCACGACCUCGGGAACUGCGACGACAAGGCGCCGAUCCCGAUCCCGAACCACGUCCCCCUCCGCCUCGGCCCUGGCCUUGGAGAAAAGCGAGUUCUUCUUGUCGGAGAUCUCAUUCUUGGGGUACAUCGUCACGGUCGAUGGACUAAAACCGGAUCCGAGGAAGGUGGCAGCAGUUCAAGAAGCCCCGGCGCCGGUCACACUCACCCAGGUUCGGGCUUUUCUAGGGUUGGCAUCCUAUUACCGACGCUUCAUCAAGGGGUUCGCUGGUGUAGCGAAGCCCCUAACAAACCUGCUGAAGAAAGAGGAGCAACUGAUUUGGACGCUGGAUUGUGAAGCGGCGUUUCAAGCGUUGAAGGAGGCUCUGACAUCUGCUCCUAUGUUGGUGCGUCCCGACCCGACAAGACCGUUCGCACUGUACACCGACUGGCAGCCGCAGGCGAUAUCGGCGGUGCUGACUCAGCACUGGGCGGACGGAAGGGAACACGUCAUUGAGUAUGCGUCCAAGACGCUGAGCCAGGCGCAGGCUAAUUACGAAGCGUGCAAAGGCGAAUGCCUGGCGGUGGUGUGGGGGAUUCAACAUUUCCGACCUUAUCUUUACGACCAGAAAUUCAUGCUGGUAACGGAUCAUCAGCCGCUGCUGUCCCUACGCAACAACACAGACUACACGGGGACGCUGGGAAGGAUGAACCAUCGCCAGCCGGAGCAUGAGCCCCUCAAGCAUUUUCAGACGCCGCUUGCAGAUCGCUUGUUGCGGCAUCAGUUCAAUGAGGAAAGGCAGUUGCGGUACGACAUUCAGCAGGUGAACGUGCCAACGCCCGGGGUUGCUGAUCUGGCGGCGUACUUGUUACUUUGCGAUCGGCUGACGUAUGCGGGGGUGUACGUGGACGUGACGCAGUUGCCUGGGCAGGAGACGACUCGAGUGUUCAUCGAGUUCCGCACGCUCCAGGUGGCACCCAACUUCGUACAUAGCGUCGCCACCUUUAUCGGCGACUUGACGAUCCUGCCACCACCGAGUCGGGAGCUGGCGCGAAGUUUUGUGCAUGAGUACGCGGUGCAGGCGGCCAGAUCGGUGGCCAGAGUGCAAGGACGGGGGGGACACCAAUUCAUAGCCCACGAAACGCUGCUGCGUAGGGCAGAGGAUGAACCGAUCGCGUUGGGCCCUUAUCCUAUGCGCGAGUUCUCGGAGUAUCUGGUGGAGCUAACUGACGUGGAACCGCUGCCCUUCGCAGACGAAGACGCGUGGGAGUUGCACCGUGCGCUGUACAAGUCGGUGGCGUUGGGGAUGUUCCGAUUCUUCAUGGAUCACGAAGACCACUGCAUCGGGGAGCACUUCGUCGUCUACUACGUCAUCACACGGCCCAAGCCGGCGCAGAAGGAGGGGACGGUGGCGCUGUACCCAUUCACCCAGCUCCAGACGAUCGAUCCGGGAUUGUUGGAGCUCAUACAUCUUGAGCUCCUCUCCAUUGCGCAAGUGAUCGCGAGCAAGGAAGAGGAGAUCCAGCCACGAUUGCGGACGGCGACGGCCCCGCGGAGAACUUACAACGCGGUUGUCAUCCCGGAUUACAUUGCGCAGCGCGCGGAGAGGUUGGAGGACUUCCCGGAGGAAAAGCUGUUGCGGCCUCCCUCGUUGUAUCCCCGACCGGCGCCACCCAAGGCCCCCAAGAAGACGCUGUCGGUGCGGAUACCCUUACAAGGGUACUCGCACGGUGUUUUCGCGGUUGACAAAGGUUUACUCUUUGGUCGAUUUGAUCCGGAACUUGGGUCAGUGUCAGCUCGAUCCUACAAGGAUCGUCUUCUGUUAUCCUUGAUAACAGUUCCUCCGAGCCGGACGGUCCAUCCGACAGAGGUGGAUUUCAUGGUGGAGCCCACCACCAUCAGGCUCGAGGCCAUCGCGGGGGCGCCGCGCCCUGAUCCGGCGUGGGAGCCAUAUCUGACACCCCCUUUUCAAGGGUGUAUUGCGGCGCGACUGGCUAGGACGCUCAUCUACGAAACCGGGCAGCGUCCCAAUGUGAUGUACCACUUCCUUGUCUUUGCGGCGCAGAAGCGGGAGCGGCGGCCUUACACCGAGACUCAUGUGGUGAUGACGGGUCCAGGGCCCCGAUCGGUGCGCAAGCGGGUGGUGCGAGCGGUGGCGGAUCUGGCGCCACGUGUCCUGUCUCAUGUGUCGGGGUCCUUCCUCUAUCCCUCGUUCGUCCAGCACAACUUCAAGGAGGAAGAUGCGCCGACUCCCGCGGCAAUGGCCGCUUUUCUUCCACCUAUUCCGCCCCCUCUCAAUCCUGACAUCGAUCACUUCCUCUGAUCACCCUCGUCCACCUCUCCCCGCUUCUCUCCUUCUCCUUCUCUUCAUCAUCUUCUUCCCCUAUGCCCAAAGUUUGCGCGUCGAGACGCGCUGUGCAUAAAAAAAUAAAAAAUAAAAAUAAAUUUACCGA